AUGUCGUCCACCACCUCGACCUCAUCGACGCCAACGGCGCGACCUCUUCACCAUUCACUACCACAGCCUGCCGACAGCCCUAAACGACGCAUACCCGUCACUCCCGCUCUUCUUCGGUCAAUAUUUGCCUCGUCUCGGACACCGAACGAAGAACGGUCAAUCUCUCGGAUUGCGUUUUUCCGUCUGCAAACCAAGACCAAUGGCGCGAUCGUUACAUUGAAAAAAUGCGUCCAGCAGGCCUCAAGACAUGUUUCAUACUUCAAAAAGUCGUACGACUUUCGCUCCUAUCGCAUCGCGCUGUCUCGUUACCGAUAUAUCAUUAUCGUUGAUUGUCUCUUUUCCAUUGAUUUCAACACUUCGAAGAUGAUAAAUACCCGUGUUUCCAAGCCGUUUCUCUGGGUAUAUGCGCCGGAUGACGACAAGCGUAUCCCAGAAAGUAGCAACUACAACUUUACCAUCUUCAUUUUCGUAGCCAGAGCUUCACCCGUCCUUGGUCCAUGGAGAUGGGUCCUGAUCUGGCUGGCGUAA